UUUUCCUCAAAACCCAUACACACACUAGAACAUCCAUUGGUCUCGAGUCAAGAUGUCCGAUGACCGAAAGCCCGUGAUGGACCAAGCCGAAGACGACGCUUACUUCCCCUCCCCGUAUUCUCUCACCCAAUACGUCACGGCAAAGACUGAUUUCGACGGCGCUGACUACCCUAACAAGUACACGGGUGGGAAGUGGAAGAUCUUGAUGAUUGGUACUCAGGAGCGAUACCUGAAGAUGGCAGAUGGCAAAUUCUUCUCAACAGGCAAUCACCCUGUCGAGAUGCUCCUGCCAAUGUAUCACCUCGAUGCCGCAGGUUUCGACAUUGAUGUUGCUACACUCACCGGCGAGCCUGUCAAAUUUGAGAUGUGGGCAUUCCCCAAAGAAGACGAGGCUGUUAAGUCAAUCCACGCCAAGUACAAGGAGAAACUCCGCAACCCAAUCGAUCUCUCCAGGCUCUGGGGGAAGGGAUUUGACAAGCAGACGCCGUACCUGGCUGUGUUCAUUCCUGGCGGACAUGGCGUGCUCAAUGGCGUUCCGUUCAGCCAGACUGUUGGUGAAGUCCUCCGCUGGGCUCAUAAGAACGGCCGCUUCUUCAUCACUCUGUGUCAUGGGCCAGCGAGUAUGCUGGCCGCGGAUAUUGGCAAGCCGCCCGGUGAAAAGUACAUCUACGAAGGUUACAGCAUCGAUGUAUUCCCAGACUCUCUUGACGAGGGCGCAAAUAUCGACAUCGGCUACAUUCCUGGGAAGAUGGACUGGCUUGUUGGCAAAUCGCUGAAGAAACUCGGUGUAACUCCAAUCAACAGCAAUAUCACGGGUGAAUGCCACCGCGACAGGCUUUUGCUUACUGGGGAUUCGCCUCUAGCGUCAAACAACCUGGGCAAGCUUGCAGCAAAUACACUGCUGGAAGAGGUUGCGAAGCUCGGAUGAGAGCUUUUAUGGACAGCUUCUGGUGCUAACAUUAUUGGGGAAGAAUCGCAACAUGAAGCAAAAGUUUUAUACUUUUAUAACCAUUCUGUGC